UAGGUGAAAAAGUUGGAUGUCAAAAGCAACAGGCAACAAGCAUCUACAUGAAGCGACGAUGAUGCCGGUACUUUCAAUCUCCUUGUUUUUGCGAAACUGGAAUGAUUUGCUUUGCAACAUCAACUAUGAGGACAGCAGAUAAAUGAAGCUAUAACAACAAAAUGCAGACUAAUUCAAUUAUUAAUCAUUUCCAAGAAGAACUUGCUUAUCAUGAAACCUAUGCAGCAGAGAAAACAAAAGGUACAAGUCCAAGGGGUCAGGUGGUCAAAUACAUCCUGGCUCACAUCAACUAUAAUGAUAAACCCCAGAAACCUUAUAUUGUUCAUGGAACAUCAGGUUGUGGUAAGACUGUCACACUGGCCCAGCUGGGGAGACAUCUGAAAGCUAAACAAAAAAAUACCAUAGUAAUCCAAAGGUUCAUUGGCAUAUCCCAGAGAAGCUCCUGGCUUCAUGACAUUUUGAUCGGCAUCCAAAUUGAGCUAUGUAAAGAACUGAACCUACCAGUGCCAGAAAACAGAAUAUUCCACCAAGUAGAUAGAACUUUGAGAAAUUUUGAUGAGUUGUUGAAAGAAGCCAGUAAAGUGCUUAGGGGACAGAAGCGGAAAUUGGUACUUGUCCUGGAUGGGAUAAAUGAACUGCAUUCUACACCUGGUAUGGAUUUUGUAAGCUGGGUCCCUUCUUCAGUGCCAUCUAUGAUCUCCUUGGUGCUCUCAACUGAUCCAAAUGAACAUGGAGUGCUGGAGAAACUUCUGCAACGGAUCCCAGAUGAGAAAACCUACCUGCAAGUCGCAAGUUUCACAGAAGAUAUGAUAGUAGAAAAUCUUGCUCGGUGGCAAAAUGAUGUAGAAAAGAAUUUAACAGAAGAGCAAUUUGAGAGUCUUUUUGAGUUCUUUGCCCAUUGUAAGACACCACUGUAUGUGAAGAUGUGCUUCAAUACUGUAAUACACCAGGUUCCCAAUCCUGAGGGCCAAAAGAACAGUGAGGAAGAAAAUCCAGUCUUAUCCAAUACCCUCCGUGCUGCUGUGAAGGAUUUUUAUAAAAGAUUAGAAAGGAAGUAUGGUACUGCUAUGGUGUCACAUGUACUUGGAUAUAUGGCAUUGGCCAGGUAUGGUUUGAGUUUAAAGGAACUUGAGAACCUGUUGAGUGUGGAUGAUGCUGUGUUAAGAGAAGCAGGGAGAUCUGGGGCUAAGAGUGAUGCAGACAAACUGUGGAAAGUCCUGGAGAGCUGGCAUGGUCUUCAACAGGAACUCAUUACUAGAUUCCAGAUACUGCGGGAAAAACUGGCGUAUGGAACCAAAGUUUACAGCUUCACUCAGAGGCAAUAUUUCCAGGUUGCCAUGGAAUGCUACUUGGAUGGUCCCCCAGAGUCGCCUAGCAACCGUAGCUCACUGCUACGGAAAAUGUCAGACUUCUUUCUCUGGGUCUGGAAACAGGAGCUGGACAGGUUCCAUAGAGAUGAAGAGGAUGGGCACACCAGCUUUGAAAGUGAUGAGUUUUCAGCACUUGGGCCUGAACACCUGUGGAAUGUCAGUGACCUCCCAUACUACUUGUUACACUCUGAGAAGAAAGAGGACCUUCUGACAAUAACCUUGGGUAACUUUUUUUGGCUCUUUGCCAAAAGCAAGAUCAUGUCUUUGACGGAAGUCAUUAAUGACUUUAACAUAACUUUGGAAAUCAUGAACCAUCCUGAGGUGGAGAUUUUGAGAGAGAGCUUAAUUUGUGUACAGGAAAGGCUUGACGCAAAUGACAAAGGGACAUCACAUUUUGCAACGAGCCUCUUGGGCCACAUACGCUCCCUUUCCAGUGCCUUUCCCAGUGUCAUAGGCAGAGUCACCAAGCAAGCUCUGGACUGGUGUCUCAACAGGGCAUCAAAACCCUUACUCAUCCCAACAUCAACCUGGCUUGAUGCUCCCAUUGGGUAUCACAUUGGGGUAGCUGGUUUACCUCCAAGAAUGGUCACUGCUGCUAGCUUGUCCAAGGAUGGGAAAAGGCUGUCCCUGGCACAUGAUGAUAAGACUGUGUCAAUAUGGGAAACUUGUGAUGCUUGCGAGAUGCUACUUUCAAAAGUUAUGAAAGAUCCAGUGUCUGCUAUCAGCCUUAGCGAUGGUGGAGACCAGGCAGCCAUUUUUAGCAAAGAUGGCCUUACAGUGAAAAUUUUAGACACCCAUCAUUUAGACACAGAUGAAGAGUAUGUGGUAUUUCACCAAAAGUCAGAUACCAUUGCCUGGGAGACUACCUCAAGGUGGACUUCUUCAAAGAGGACGAGGCUUAAGAUGAGUGCAAACAGUGAGCGAGUCCUUCUCCUCCAUGAGAAUGUCCUGUAUGUGGUGUACCAAGGCCAAGGAAGUGCAAAGAGAGUCACUGAUGGUGUCUCCUGCUUCCAGAUUUCAGUUUGUGGCCAGUACUUAGUCACUGGUCAUUUUAAGGGCAGUGUCAGCGUCAGGAGCAUGGUGGACAGGAAAGUACUGCACACAUUGGACAAACACGGUGAUUGCGUUAGUUGUGCCUUUGUCACCAAGGAGAAGGUGUGUGCUACAGGGGGACAUGAUGGAAAGGUGGUGGUGUUCAACCUGGAAGAUGGAAAAGUUGUGCAUGAGAUCCUGGGCAGCAAAACCAGGGUUCAAGAUGUUGCUAUUGAUCAGUUUGGACUGUGUCUUGGUGUUGCUGCUGAUAGCGCCAUCUCUUGUGGGACUUGGUCAGCGGGGAAUGCUCUUAUGUCUUUGAGCAGGCACACCCAGACCUUGUGCAUACAAUUCACUUUGCAUCUUCUCCAUCAGAUACUGGUAUUCCCCAGGAUGUACUGGUCUCUGCUUCUAGGGAAGGAGGCGUGAAGUUGUGGAACCUCCGAGAAGGAAAAGUGCUGAAAACCCUGAUGGUGUCUUGUGAUGAACUGUCAGUUUGUGGGGAGGCCAUGAUGACAAGAUGUGAGGAGGAGAUGGAGG